AUGAUUCUCACCGUAGGUCCUUGCGUCGCCGGUGUCGUUGGCUUGAGCAUGCCUCGGUACUGUCUCUUCGGGGACACUGUGAACACCUCAUCACGAAUGGAGAGCAAUGGGAAACCUGGUCACAUUCAUUUGUCCAAGGAAGCGCACGACCUGUUGGUGAGGGAAUACAGAGCGGAUUACGAAACCCAACCGAGAGGCGAAGUAAUUAUAAAGGAGCGCAACGAGCAGAAGAUGGUCGAGAGCAUCGAUGCAAAAAAUGAUGAUGAAAGCCCUCAGGUGGAAGAAGACGCAGUCGAGGCAACUCCACCUCUAACUCCAGACAACGAGUCAAUGAAAGCAAUGUACAGAGACUAUUUGCGUAGCAACACGAUAGAGGCUUGA